AACUGGGAAAAAAACUACACAGAAGAAAGUAAACAAAACAGUUCAAACCAAUCCAACUCCUCCCAUGACACCAGCUUCCAAUAUGGGUUCUCCAAGAGCAGCUCCACCUACUGGUCCAUCUAGAGAAGGGAUGAUCUUUAUGGCGACUCCAUCUGUUAAUGAACCCAACAUUGCAAGUAGCAGGAGGAAUGGAGCAAUUGGG